GUGUCAUAUCUUCAUUUGCUAGUUACAUCCACAAGAUUGCAAUAGGAAAAGCUGGUUUGUCUUUAGGAGCUUCAGGUGCCCUGAUGGGAAUUCUGGCUUCUGUUUGUUUCCAAUACCCAGAUGCAAAGCUGGCUAUAGUGUUUUUCCCAUUCUUUACUUUUUCUGCAGGAAUUGCAAUCAAGACAGUGAUAGCUAUAGACACAGCAGGACUUUUCCUGGGUUGGAAGUUAUUUGACCAUGCUGCUCAUUUAGGUGGUGCUUUGUUUGGAAUAGGAUAUCUGUUUUAUGGACAAGAUGCCAUUUGGGCCCAUAGAGAACCUCUCAUGCAAUGGUGGCACACCAUCAGAGAGAAAAGCAAGUGAUUUUUGUGGUUUUCUAGCACACUGAAAGUUGUUGAUUUGUAUAUUAACUUAACUUGUCCAUUGAUUUAGGAACAAUUACAAUAUAACCAAACUCAUUUAUAAUAAACAUACUGGAAAGUAUGCUUUAGGUCCAUGAAAAACUUUGAAAGUAACGCAAAGAAAGAUUGAAGUGUAGUCAUUCAUUUCUUUGUAGUUGAUUGUAUACAGAAUUGUUAUGUCUUGAAAGUGUGGAAUUUUGAUAUCCAAUAUGAUACAUGUGAUUAGGUUUUUUAAUAUUAAAAAAAAAGACUUCUUUUAUAAAAUUCUUCAUUACAAUCUUGCUGACAUUAAAUAAUUAAAAGGUUAGAAAAUAUAGAUGGAAAUCAAAACUGCCAUAAAUAUCAAAGAGAAAUGUAAACAUUAGUAACUACAUGUAUUAGUUUUAACUGUUAAAAAUGUGUGUGUAUGGUUCUUGGUGCUUUCUCACUAAUUGCAACAAAGUACAAAAAUAUUUUAAAUUGUGAUUUAUAUGAAAAAUAUUUUCUUUCACAAAUAUUUUGAAAUUUUCACUCUAGAAAUUAGCAGUAUUUGUUUAUUGACAUGCUUGUACAAUAUAUUGCAAGCAUGAAUUGGAAAUAUCUUUUUUUUUUCUAACUUAUUUUAGUUUACAUUUUAUCAUCGGUUUAAAAAGAAAUUAUUGUUUUAAAAGAAUAUUGUAGGUCCUGAAUGAUAUUGUUUUUCUCUAAACAUUGUUUAUGGAUGUUAAUAUAUAUUCAUAAAAGUUGAUGAUAUUUGUUAUCCUUCUAUCAAAGUUCAAUAAAUAUUCUUUUAGAAAGUACUCUAGUGAAUGUGUAAAUUUAGUAUAAGUUAGUCCAUCAGAACUCAAGUAUUGUAGAAGAAUUUAAGAAAACUGAAACCAUUGAAUAAAAAACUUUUAAGGUACACUUCUCAAUGGCUGUUAAAAUUAUAUUCAAUUACCUGUGUAAAUAGAAGUUUUGUUUGUACAAACUUGUUACCUUAACAUAAACAGGAUAACCCAAUUUCUCUAGAUCACUUUUUCUUCACCCUAGUUAGAAGUAAGGCAGUGAAGAUCUUAAUUACAAAAAUAUAUUUAAAAAAAACAGAUAAAUUGUCUUAAAUUUCUACGUAAGAUUACAUUAUUAAAAAAUACUAAGACACUGUGGGAAAAAAAAGUAUUGGUACAGGAAAUUAACCUUUGUUGAGCCAAUGAAAUCUGUAAACUACACAAAAGUGAUUAGAGAAGAAUUAAGAUAUAAUAAAGUUCUUUUUUCUGAAAUCACUACA